AUGACUAGUGAUAAACGAAUAAAAUCAACAGCAACAAGUCGACGGGUACUCUUCGAGUAUCCGCCAUUGCCUAGUGUUGAACUUGGCUUUUGCUACAUUGUCGUUGGAUGUAGUUUAAUCUAUGCAUGGAGUCAAGUGAUUAUUGCCAGCAAUAAAUACGAAUUUCAAUAUUGGCAUUCAGUACGACUUAAUCGAUUACCAUUAAUUGGUGAACGAUAUAUGGAUGAAUCAAACUGGGAAUGGAGCGCAUGGUCACCAAUUGGUUUUAUGAUGCUACCAUUUUUUACAAUACAUUCAAUUAUUUUCAACAUUGGCGAACAUUUUAUUUCUGAUCAAAUUUUACAAUUAAUUACAAUAAUUUAUUCAGUUAUUUGUAGUUGCAUUUUGUUUACUAAAUGGCUUGUCCUUUUAUCACUUAUUCAAGGCACUGUUAUCUUUUUUGCUGCUUAUUAUUUCCGUCAUCAACUCGUUGUAUGGUUCAGUUCAGUGACAAUCCUCCAUCUAACAUUAUAUUAUACCUAUCACCUAUCAACAAAUCCCUUAUUGGUUGUCAUCUUCGUAUGCUAUACCUUACUUUCUUAUAUAUCCUACAAUUUGGAAGCGCAAAAGGAUGCAGUACGUCCUGAAGACAAUACACUUUUGAAACGUUACAUUCGCAUGCUCUUCUAUGCUUUUUAUCCGCCGUAUAUGACUACGUUAGUAGUAAUUUAUCCUGAAUUUGAACGACAAAUGCGCCAACGUCGAACUAAAAAGCGUAAUUGGCGACAAUUUAUAUUUUUUGCUCUACGCAUUGCUUUCUGGUGGUCUCUCAUCUAUUUAAUGUUACAUUUUAUGUAUUUCGAAUUGAUACUUUAUGAUUCUGAUUAUGCAAGAAAUUUGCCAAAAAACGAGUUUGUAUCAUUGGGAAUGGCGCUAGGAAUAUUUUUCCACCUUAAAUAUGUUGUAAUAUUUGGUUUGCCACGAGUUUUUGCCUUAGCUGAUAAUAUGGAACCAGCUGAUGGACCAAUUUGUAUCAGUCGAUUAACGCUUUAUUCAAAAGCCUGGCGCUACUUUGAUCAUGGCCUUUAUAGCUUUUUUAAAACAUAUAUUUUUAUUCCAAUUUGCACUCCAACUUUUUCUAUCCAACGGAAAAUAUUUGGCGUAAUAUUAUCUUAUGGUUUUGUAUUAUUAUGGCAUGGAAUUAAUCGUGCAAAUAUUAUUUGGAUUAUGCUUAAUAUUGUUGGCUUAUUUAUGGAAUAUGGUUGUAGAGGAUUGUAUGGAAUUAAGGAAAUACAAGAAUGGCGUGAAAAGCAUAUCACCGAUACAGCAUUUCGUCGUAUCAUUGCUUGCUCUCAUAUUGUACCAUUCGUCCUCGGUCUUUAUUCAAACUUUUACUUUCUAGGAGGACUUGAAGUAGGCUCAAUGUUUGUUGAGCGCAUUUGGUAUGAGGAAACGGUAGCAUUACGAUUUCCGGCCAUUUUAUUGAUUACAUUAGCAUAUUUCUACUCCCAAGUUUGCAUUGAAAUUGAUCGAAAACUUAAUUUAACGGCCGUUAAAAAUAAUUCCAAAAAGCUUUGCUAA